UGGGAAGGGGACGGGACGCGGCGGGGAGGGGUCGGGAGGCAGCAUGGAGGAGGCGGCUCGCUCCGGGCUCACCCGCUGCUGCUUCUGCCGCCGCCGCUGCCGCUGCUGCCGGCCCUGAGCCUGCCCGGGCUGUGCUGGGCGGGCGCCGCGGCGCCCCCUGACGGCCGUGUGCAAUGACGGGGGCCCCCGGGAGGCCCCAGUGAGAAGCCCGGGCCCCGGGCCGCUCCGGGCAUGGACGAGUGGAAGCCCGGCCCCUCGGGGAAACCCUUCGGGGCCAGGAAGAAGCGGGGCUGGUACCUGGCCUGGAAGUACAGGCUGACGAACCAGCGCCUCGUGCGGCGCCUCUGCCAGACAGGGGCCGUGCUGUUUCUGCUGGUGACGGUCCUUGUCAAUAUCAAACUGAUCCUGGACACUCGUCGAGGGGUCAGCGAGGAGGGCGAGGACCUGGAGUCAGAACAGGAUUAUGAAGAUACCCUGCAGCACCAGAAGCCUCCAAGGCGGGGUGCUGCCGGCCCCCAUAGGGUGCUGGAUGUUGAGGUCUACUCCAGCCGGAGCAAAGUAUACGUGGCUGUGGAUGGCACUACGGUGAGUGGGGUCCUGGAAGAUGAGGCUCGGGAGCAGGGACGAGGCAUCCAUGUCAUUGUUCUCAACCAGGCCACGGGCCAUGUGAUGGCAAAGCGGGUGUUUGACACGUACUCCCCCCAUGAAGAUGAGGCCAUGGUUCUCUUCCUCAACAUGGUGGCCCCCGGCCGGUUGAUCAUCUGUACUGUCAAGGAUGAGGGCUCAUUCCACCUCAAGGAUACGGCCAAGGCCCUCCUUCGGAGCCUGGGCAGCCAAGCAGGGCCAGUGCUAGGCUGGCGGGACACAUGGGCCUUCGUUGGCCGGAAGGGAGGUGCUGUCCUUGGUGAGAAACACUCCAAGUCACCUACUUUGUCUUCGUGGGGGGAGCCCAUCUUGCUAAAGACGGAUGUCCCACUGAGCUCGGCUGAAGAGGCAGAGUGUCACUGGGCAGACACUGAGCUGAACCGUCGUAGAAAACGCUUCUGCAGCAAAGUGGAGGGUUAUGGGAGUGUGUGCAGCUGUGGGGACCCUACCCCCAUUGAGUUCAACCCUGACCCGCUUCCCAACAGCAAGGUUGCUGAUGUGCCUGUGGCAGUCAUUGCAGGGAACCGGCCUAACUACCUGUACAGGAUGCUGCGAUCUCUCCUCUCUGCUCAGGGUGUGAACCCUCACAUGAUCACGGUCUUCAUUGAUGGCUACUAUGAGGAGCCCAUGGAUGUGGUCGCCCUGUUCGGUUUGAAGGGGAUCCAGCACACGCCCAUCAGCAUCAAGAAUGCCCGAGUGUCCCAGCACUACAAGGCCAGCCUCACCGCCACCUUCAACCUCCACCCUGAAGCAAAGUUUGCUGUGGUGCUUGAAGAAGACUUGGACAUUGCCAUUGACUUCUUCAGCUUCCUCAGUCAGUCCAUCCACCUGCUAGAGGAAGAUGAGUCCGUCUACUGUAUCUCUGCCUGGAAUGAUCAGGGCUACGAGCACACAGCCGAAGACCCAGCUCUGCUUUAUCGAGUGGAGACCAUGCCUGGCCUGGGCUGGGUGCUCAGGAAAUCCUUAUAUAAGGAUGAGCUAGAGCCUCGCUGGCCCACGCCGGAGAAGCUCUGGGACUGGGACAUGUGGAUGCGGAUGCCCGAGCAGCGCCGAGGCCGCGAGUGCAUCAUCCCUGAUGUUUCCCGUUCCUAUCACUUUGGCAUCGUGGGCCUCAACAUGAAUGGCUAUUUCCACGAGGCCUACUUUAAGAAGCACAAAUUCAAUACCGUCCCCAGCGUCCAGCUCUGGAAUGUGGACAGCCUGAAGAAGGAUGCUUAUGAGGUAGAGGUCCUUCGCCUACUCAGUGAGGCUGAGGUCCUAGACCACAGCAAGGACCCAUGUGACGACUCAUUCGUGCCAGAUACCGAGGGCCGCACAUAUGUGACCUUCAUCCGCAUGGAACAGGAUAAUGACUUUGCUACAUGGACCCAGCUUGCCAAGUGCCUGCACAUCUGGGACCUGGAUGUCCGAGGCAACCACCGGGGCCUAUGGAGACUCUUUCGGAAGAAGAAUCACUUCCUGGUGGUCGGCGUCCCGGCCUCCCCGUACUCGGUGAAGAAGCCACCAUCGGUGACCCCCAUCUUCCUGGAGCCACCAGCAAAAGAGGAGGGUGGGGGGCCUGGAGGAGCCAUGGAGCAGACAUGAGGGGGCUGCCUGCCAGUUUGGGCCCAGGGAAGCCCCCCAGUGCUCACCCUCCUGACAGCUGGAACCACAUCUGCUUUUAACCCAAGACUGUUUACUAACUGCCCAGGGAGAGGGGAAGGGAAGAGAUGCCCCCCCAGUCCUGGCCCCAAGCCCCACCCCAGCUGGGGUUUGGGGGGGGUGUUAUUUAUUUACUUCCUGGGAGUUCUCCAAGGAGGAGGCUCGGGGGGCUAAGAUGACAUGGAGCUGUGGAGACUUCCUUCCACCGCUGUGCCCUCCCAUUGGGCCAUGGGAUCUGAGCCAGGGCUAGGCCUUAUGGGAGGUGUGUGGGGUGCAGAGUCUAACUUAUUUAUUGAAUGUC